CGCGCGAGGUGACCGGGGCCCGGCUCCCGCGGGAGGCCACGGCGGAGUGGCCGCUGCGGGGCCGGAGGUACGCGGCGCCGGCUCAGCGCGGCGUGGAGCGGGGGCGCCCGGGGAGCCGCUCGUGGAGACCCCGCGCACGGCGGCCGGGCGGCAGGUCUCUGGCGGCGAGGGGGCCGCGGGCUCAGAUUAAUAUUAAAAUUGGAAGUUUGGAUCAAUUGCUGAAUAUUGGAAAUUGGAUGUAAUGGCAGCAGAAUUUAUAAAGAGUUGCUGUAGAGGAUGUUUCUAUGGUGGAACAGAAGAGCACAAUUGUUCCAGGGAGAGAGACAUUAAAGCAGUCUCCGAGAGUCAGAAUACACCUGUCUGUGUCCCUCCUUUGACUGCUGUUUCGGUAAAGCCUCAGGUUGGCUGUACUGAGGAUUACUUACUUUCCAAAUUACCAUCUGAUGGCAAAGAAGUACCAUUUGUGGUGCCCAAGUUUAAGCUAUCAUAUGUUCAGCCCAGGGUACAAGGAACUCCUUCACAUCUGGAGGGACUUGAAGGAUCUGCCAGAGCAUCUUUUGGAGAUCGAAAGGUAGAACUUUCCAGUUCAUCCCAGCACGGACCCAGCUGUGAUAUAUACAACCCAUGCUUUAGUUAUCAGCACAUUUCACCCGAUUUGAGCCGGCGCCUUCCUCCUCGUUCAGAAGCAGUGAGACUGUAUGGAUCAGUUUGUGAUUUAAGGACCAGCAAACUUCCCAGUUCCCCUGGACUAAGCAAGUCUAUGUUUGAUCUUACAAGUUCAUCUCAGUGGUUCAUGCAGAGACAUGAUUCAUGGUCCAGCAUGCCUAGUACUUCUUCUUCAAGGAAAAAUUCCCAGGGCAGUAACAGAAGCCUGGAUACAAUUACUCUGUCAGGAGAUGAAAGAGAUUUUGGGAGAUUGAAUGUGAAAGUGGUUUAUAAUUCUUCAGUAGAGCAGAUCUGGAUCACAGUUUUGCAGUGCAGAGAUUUAAGUUGGCCUUCUAGUUGUGGAGACACUCCUACUAUUUCAAUAAAAGGAACACUAACAUUGCCCAAACCCGUGCAUUUCAAAUCUUCAGCAAAGGAGGGCUCUAAUACUAUUGAAUUUAUGGAAACUUUUGUAUUUGCUAUUAAACUCCAAAGCCUACAAACUGUAAGGCUUGUAUUUAAGAUUCAAACCCAGACUCCCAGGAAGAAAACCAUCGGAGAAUGCUCACUAUCACUAAGAACUCUCAGCACACAGGAAAUGGAUUACUCUUUGGAUAUAAUGCCACCUUCAAAAAUUUCUGUUUGCCAUGCAGAACUUCAACUGGGGACUUGUUUUCAAGCCGUAAAUAGCAGAAUUCAGUUACAAAUUCUCGAGGCACAGUACCUCCCAAGCUCUUCAACACCUCUCACUUUGAGUUUUUUUGUGAAGGUGGGAAUGUUUAGUUCAGGAGAGUUGAUUUAUAAGAAGAAGACACGCUUACUGAAGGCCUCCAGUGGAAGAGUAAAGUGGGGAGAAACUAUGAUUUUUCCACUUAUACAAAAUGAAAAAGAAAUCCUUUUUCUCAUCAAGCUUUAUAGCCGGAGCUCUGUAAGAAGAAGACACUUUGUGGGGCAGAUUUGGAUAAGCGAAGAUAGUAAUCACACCGAAGCAGCGAGUCAGUGGAAAGAGACAGUUACAAAUCCAGAAAAGGUUGUUAUCAAGUGGCACAAAUUAAACCCAUCUUGAAGACAUCACACGUUAAUUUGGUGAAGAACUUGACAUUCUUUUAGAAGACUUACGAUUUCAAUUUGCUACCAAGGAGGAGAGACAAAUCAAUACAUUUGUCAAUGUAUUUAUGGAGGUCAUAAUUACAAUUGAUAAUGGAUCUUAUGGAAAAUUAAAUUUGAUUAAAAAAUGGGAUGAAUUAUAUCGAAUAUCCAAAGGGAAUGUUUUAAAACUUGCCAAAAUAGACAGUAAAAUAAAGAGUAGUAUGCUGGGGCAACUAAAUAAGUUACACAAUCAAUGAGAAUUUCAACCAUAGGUCGUUAUUGCUAUAUUGUGUUUAUGGGUUUUUUUUAAAGCUUUACCUGGAUAUUAAAAAUCUAGUAUAUCAAAUCUCUGUUAGUACUGUUAGAAUGUAGAAGACUUUACUACUGAUUAUUUCAGUGCUAGUCAUUAUUGAUUAGAUCUUGACUCCAGUGUUUACCUCUUGCUAUAUAUUUUCUCGCAGAAAGGAAAAAUGAAUUAAACCGCUUCAACUCUUCUGGAUUUGGGGAAAACUUGUGCCCUGUUUUUCUCAUUUCUUACCCAUAAGGCGUCAUAUUGCCACUUUGUAAAUUAUUUAUCUCCAAGAAACUUCAAAUCUAAAACACUGUAUUUUGGCAAGAAUAAAUGAAAACACCAGAAGGUUGAAGUUAAAUUGGAAACCUAGUGUAUACACAUUUUGUUUUCCUCUCUCAAGUAUUUUACCCUUUGUUUUAAUUGGAGUUGGAGUAAGAUUAUCAUCCAUAUGGUCCAUCCUAAUUAGCAGAAUUAAAUGAGCUUAAUUAGCAAGUUCAAUAUUUUAUGAUAAUCAUUUCCUUCUUUUUAGUUUUUUAAAAUAUAAACUAUUUGUUCUAUAAUCCAUGACAUUAUUUUCCCAUGAUUUUAAAGAAACCACAUUGUAGUAAAUUCUUUCUUUCUUUCUUUUUUUUUUUUUUGUGGGGAGGGGCAGAGGGAGAGUCCUGGAGAGAGAGAAUCUUAAGCGGGCUCCAUGCCCAGUGCAGAACCCAAUGUGGGGCUCGAUCUCACGACCCUGAGAUCAUGACCUGAGCUGAAAUCAAGAGUUGGAUGCUUAACCAACAGAGCCACCCAGAUGCCCCGCAAAUAUUUUCUAUUGCAGUUUCUCUCAGGUACUCGUUAGAAGUCAGUAUGUGGGCAUAAUGUCAGGUUAGUUGGCUGAAUUAUUCAAGCUAUGGCCAAAAAGAACAGCUGUUUGGAGAAACAAAGAAUUCCAUCUUUGAUCUUGGAAAGUCUGACUUUAGUUUUGCUAAUGAGUGGACCAAGUGCUCUGUGAUUAUGGUCUUCCAUUUUUCUUUCUCUCUUACCUUGUUCUACAGAUGCCAAGAGAUAGAUGGUGAUAUUUUAGGCCAGAAGAUACUUUGGUAUAGCUUCAGCAUAUCCUCUUCAUUCUAGUUCUUAUGGUCUGCAUAUCUCAUUAAGAUUUUCUCAAAUAAACAAUUCCUCUUUUCCUAGGUACCAUGUGCGCAAGGUACAAAAUAUACGUAGUUUACGUGUCCUUUGCUUCCACUCCCUAGGGUUUAUGUUAUACAGUUGGCAGGGACUCUCUAACACUGCAUUUGGAAAUAAUUUUUUUCCUUAGAUUUGUGAAAAAUGGCAUAUUGGUCAGUACUCACAUGAACUUUCACGAGAAAUCACCUUGUAUGGUAGUGUUUUAAAUCUUUGAGACAAAUGACUUUAUUUUUUAGAGCAAUUUUAGGUUCACAGCAAAAUUGAGAGGAAGGAAGUACAAAGAGUUCCCAGAUACCCCUUACCCCCACAUACACACAGCCUCCCCCAUCAUCAGCAUCUCCCACCAGCGUGAUAACAUUUGUUAAAAUCAAUGAACAUACAUUGACACAGCAUUAUCACCCGAAGUCUGUAGAUUACAUUAAGGUUCAUUCCUGGUAUUGUCCAUUCUGUGAGUUUUAACAAGUGCAUAAUGUCAUAUAUCCACCACUCUAGUAUCAUACAGAGUAGUUUCACUGCCUUAAAAAUCCUCUGGAAAUGCACCUAUUUUAAUAGCCACCAAAUAAGUGUAUUGGCUUUUAGAUAAUAAAUAACAGA